CAUUUCUUUCGUGAUUUUCGUACACAACAAUGUCAAAUGCAAAACUCCGGUUGCAUAUUCGAGAACGCCAUGUGGUGAUGGAUAAUGGCAUCAUUAGAGUCACACUAUCAAAACCAGAUGGCAUUGUGACUGCAAUCAAAUACAAUCACAUUGACAAUGUGCUAGAAACAUCCAAUGAUGAAUCCAACAGAGGGUAUUGGGACUUUGUUUGGAGUCAACCAGGAAGCACUGGAACAACAGGGACAUUUGAUAGAAUUCAAGCAAAAAAAUUUGAAGUUGUUGUGGAAUCAGAGGAGCAAAUAGAGUUAUCAUUCUCAAGAAAAUGGGAUACAUCCCUUCAGGGAAAGCUACCCCCAUUAAACAUAGACAAAAGGUUUGCACUGCUUCGUGGCUCAUCAGGGCUGUAUUCGUACGCGGUGUACGAACGGUUGGAGGGGUGGCCCGGUUUCAACCUUGACGAGACAAGGAUCGCGUUCAAGCUGAGGAAAGACAAGUUUAGGUAUAUGGCAAUGGCAGACAAUCGACAGAGGUACAUGCCGUUGCCGGACGACAGGCUACCGGGACGAGGACAGCCGUUGGACUAUCCCGAAGCGGUACUACUUGUCGACCCGAUCGAGCCUCAGUUCAAAGGAGAGGUGGACGACAAGUAUCAGUACUCGGGUGACAACGAAGAAGUGAAGGUCCAUGGGUGGAUUAGCAUGGAUGAUGGUGUGGGUUUUUGGCAAAUAAUGCCUAGCAAUGAAUUCAGAACAGGAGGCUCUACAAAGCAAGACCUCACCUCUCAUGUGGGUCCCACCACUCUUGCUAUGUUUGUUAGUGCACAUUAUGGGGGUGAGGAUUUAGUGGUGAAAUUUGGAGAAGGAGAGGCAUGGAAGAAAGUGUUUGGUCCAGUUUUCAUUUAUCUUAAUUCUAUAAAACCACAAGGUGAAGGAGAAGAAGAAGACCCUCUUUCUCUUUGGAAAGAUGCCAAACAACAGGCAUUGGAACAAAUUGAGAGUUGGCCUUACAAUUUCCCAGCGUCGGAGGACUUCCCAAAAUCAGCGCAAAGGGGUAAUGUUAGCGGCACAUUGCUAAUUAAAGACAGGUACAUGAGUGAUGGUUAUGUGGUGGGAAAUGGUGCUUACAUUGGGUUGGCUCCACCAGGAGAAGUUGGGUCAUGGCAAACAGAAGGCAAGGGUUAUCAAUUUUGGAGUAGAGUAGAUGAAGAAGGUUAUUUUAGCAUCAACAACAUCAGAAUUGGAGAGUACAGUCUGUAUGCUUGGAUGCCAGGAUUCAUUGGAGAUUUUAAGCAUGAUCACAACAUUAUCAUAACCUCAGGAUGCAACAUUGAUAUGGGAAAAAUAGUGUACGAACCAACGAGGAAUGGACCGACCCUAUGGGAAAUUGGCAUCCCGGAUCGAACUGCUCAACAGUUUUACGUUCCCGACCCUAAUCCCAAAUACAUCAACAAACUUUAUGUUAAUCAUCCUGAUAGGUUCAGACAAUAUGGAUUAUGGGAGAGGUAUGGGGAAUUAUAUCCCAAUAGCGAUUUAGUCUAUACAAUUGGUGAGAAUAACUGCACAACAGAUUGGUUCUUCGCCCACGUCACCAGAAAAUACCAGAAUUCAUAUAAAGCAACGACAUGGCAAAUCAAGUUCAAACUCGAAGCCGUUGAACCAAAUGGAAAAUACUACUUGAGAUUGUCACUUGCAUCUGCAGCUCAAGCUGAAUUACAGGUACGAAUAAAUAAUCCCGACCAAAAUCCAGCAUUAUUUACGACUGGAUUAAUAGGGAAGGACAACGCAAUUGCAAGACAUGGAAUCCAUGGCAUUUAUUGGCUAUUUAAUGUGGAAAUAUCAGCCAAUUUAUUUAUUCAAGGAAUUAAUACUAUUUAUUUGACACAAGCAAAUGCGACUGGUCCAUUUCAAGGUAUAAUGUAUGAUUACCUACGUCUUGAAAGUCUCAAAUAGUGAAAUAAAUCAUGGUAAUAGUCUCUGCUCUUAGUUUGGAAAUUCUUAGAUGAUUUAUUUGUUAAAAA